CGAUCCAUUUACGACCGCUCUCUCUGUCUGCUCUUCUCAGCCCUACCCCCUAACUCCUGAAUCACCAUGCAUCCAGAGGAAGUCGACGUCAUUGUCUGCGGUGGUGGCCCCGCUGGCUGUGUGGUGGCAGGCCGUCUUGCCUAUGCCGACCCCAACCUCAAGGUCAUGCUCAUUGAGGGCGGUGCCAACAACCGCGACGACCCCUGGGUGUACCGGCCCGGUAUCUACGUUCGCAACAUGCAGAACGACGGCGUCAACGACAAGGCGACGUUCUACACCGAUACCACGGAGUCGCCCUUUAUGCGUGGCAGACGCUCAAUCGUCCCCUGCGCCAACAUUCUCGGUACGGUGCCUGUGCUAACAGGCGAUGCAUGCGACUGACGAAACUUCCACUGUUCAGGCGGUGGCAGCAGCAUCAACUUCCAGAUGUACACCCGCGCAUCCGCGUCGGAUUGGGGUAAGACAGACAGUAAUGUUUCCCGACCAGGGGAUUGACACUACCUUCAGACGACUUCAAGACCGAGGGCUGGACUGCCGAAGACCUCUUCCCCCUUAUGAAACGUCUUGAGCGGUAUCAGAAGCCGACCAACAACGACACCCACGGCUACGAUGGCCCCAUCGCUAUCAGCAACGGCGGGCAAAUCCAGCCCGUCGCUCAUGACUUCCUCCGGGCCGCGCACGCCAUUGGCAUCCCCUACAGCGACGACAUUCA